AUGAGUGAGGAACAGGACCCCCUAUUAGCAGGAUUGGGAGAAACGCCCAUCGAUAACGGCGCACAACAGCCACAGGACCAACAACCAGAGCAACCACAGGAAGUAGAAGGGCCAAAUGAGGAGGAACCUCCGAGAUUAGAUCCUGAGCAAGAGGCUCAUAACAAGGCCUUGAACCAAUUCAAGAGAAAGCUGCUAGAACACAGAAGAUACGAUGAUCAAUUGAAGCAGCGCCGUCAAAAUAUACGAGAUCUAGAGAAGCUAUAUGACAAGACCGAAAAUGAUAUUAAAGCUUUGCAAAGUAUUGGACAACUGAUUGGUGAAGUUAUGAAAGAGUUGUCUGAAGAGAAGUAUAUAGUUAAGGCCUCUUCAGGCCCACGUUAUAUUGUUGGGGUGAGGAAUUCGGUAGAUCGUUCCAAGUUGAAGAAGGGUGUCAGAGUCACUCUGGAUAUUACCACUUUGACUAUAAUGAGAAUUUUACCAAGAGAAACGGAUCCAUUAGUGUACAAUAUGACCAGUUUUGAACAAGGCGAAAUCACUUUUGAUGGUAUCGGUGGUUUGACUGAUCAAAUUAGAGAAUUGAGAGAAGUUAUAGAAUUGCCAUUGAAGAACCCUGAAAUUUUUCAAAGAGUCGGUAUCAAACCCCCAAAGGGUGUACUACUAUACGGACCUCCUGGUACCGGUAAAACUUUAUUGGCCAAGGCAGUUGCCGCUACCAUUGGUGCCAACUUCAUUUUUUCCCCUGCGUCUGGUAUUGUAGAUAAAUAUAUUGGUGAGUCUGCCCGUAUUAUCAGAGAAAUGUUUGCAUACGCUAAGGAGCACGAGCCUUGUAUCAUUUUCAUGGAUGAGGUAGAUGCCAUUGGUGGCCGUAGAUUCAGUGAGGGUACUUCAGCCGAUCGUGAGAUUCAGCGUACAUUAAUGGAAUUAUUGACCCAGAUGGACGGGUUUGAUAACCUGGGACAGACCAAGAUUAUCAUGGCUACAAACAGACCAGAUACUUUAGAUCCCGCUCUAUUGAGGCCCGGUAGAUUAGAUAGAAAAGUAGAAAUUCCGCUACCAAAUGAAGCCGGUAGAUUGGAAAUUUUCAAAAUCCAUACUGAAAAAGUCAAGAAAACUGGUGAGUUUGAUUUCGAGGCUGCUGUGAAGAUGAGUGAUGGUUUCAACGGUGCUGAUAUUCGUAAUUGUGCUACUGAGGCUGGGUUCUUUGCCAUAAGAGAGGACCGCGAUCACAUCACCUCUGACGAUUUAAUGAAAGCUGUAAGAAAAGUAGCUGAAGUUAAGAAAUUGGAAGGUACUAUAGAAUAUCAAAAACUAUGA